UACCUGGAAGCGGUGGGUUCAUUUCAUCCCAGUGUGUUUACGGUCUCUGAGUGUGAACUGUGGAUGAACCUGGUCAAAGCCGCUUUUAUGAUGUGGAGCGUUUUCAUUAAAAUGACCCCCCCGCACACACACACACACACCAUCACUCCUAAUUAAAAGGCUGUGGGAGGCUGGUGGUACCACCUCAUAUAGCAGACAGGACAGUACCUAGCCUGGGGGUUAGCAUAAUGUUUACCGUCCCACAGCGUUGCCACACAGGAAGACCUGACAGCACCUCAGUUCUUGAUGGUUUCUUAUUUAGAGGUUCUGGAUUCGUUCCAAAAAUGUAAUCCUUGUCUCAAACAUGAACCAUCUGCAGGAAGCAGACCUAAAGGUGUAAACUAGGAAGGCACAGGAAAACUCUAACAUGGUUUCAAUGUCAAACUUUGAUGGACUGAUUAUCUGAUGAGUGAAGGCUGCUCAGGGUGUGAAAACUUUCCUCCUCAGGAGGAAGAGGCUGAGGUUGGGCCUGAGGAGGAGGAAGAGGCUGAGGUUGGGCCUGAGGAGCAAGAAGAGGCUGAGGUUGGGCCUGAGGAGGAGGAAGAGGCUGAGGUUGGGCCUGAGGAGGAGGAAGAGGCUGAGGUUGGGCCUGAGGAGGAAGAAGAGGCUGAGGUUGGGCCUGAGGAGGAGGAAGAGGCUGAGGUUGGGCCUGAGGAGGAGGAAGAGGCUGAGGUUGGGCCUGAGGAGGAAGAAGAGGCUGAGGUUGGGCCUGAGGAGGAAGAAGAGGCUGAGGUUGGGCCUGAGGAGGAGAAAGAGGCUGAGGUUGGGCCUGAGGAGGAGGAAGAGGCUGAGGUUGGGCCUGAGGAGGAGGAAGAGGCUGAGGUUGGGCCUGAGGAGGAGGAAGAGGCUGAGGUUGGGCCUGAGGAGGAAGAAGAGGCUGAGGUUGGGCCUGAGGAGGAAGAAGAGGCUGAGGUUGGGCCUGAGGAGGAAGAAGAGGCUGAGGUUGGGCCUGAGGAGGAAGAAGAGGCUGAGGUUGGGCCUGAGGAGGAGAAAGAGGCUGAGGUUGGGCCUGAGGAGGAGGAAGAGGCUGAGGUUGGGCCUGAGGAGGAGGAAGAGGCUGAGGUUGGGCCUGAGGAGGAGGAAGAGGCUGAGGUUGGGCCUGAGGAGGAGGAAGAGGCUGAGGUUGGGCCUGAG